AUGAAAGCACCAGUACCGCCAGGUGAUGAUCCGACACGAGAUCAAUUUAUCAAAAACUUACUGAAACAUGACAUAGAUGUUAAUGAAUAUUGUUCAAUUUAUGAAUCAUCUACAAUUCCACCAAAUAAUAAUCUUUCAAAUUUAACAUUAGAAAUCUUUGAACAUAGUGCAUGUUUUGUAAAUGAAUAUUCAAAAUAUCAAGUCCAACUAAAUAUUGUAAUUCGAAAACAUAUUGAAAAUUGUGUUGUUCGAGAAGUUGAACAAGGAAAUUUUAUUAUUCAAAAUGCAAAUGCAUUUUCUCGUCAAUUUCAUCAUAUUGAAAGUUUAGUUUUAGGUGCUCAACCAAAUCAAGUAAAUGGUAAACGCCAAUCUGUGAAUAUAAUAAAUCAAGCAAAUAAAUCAACAGUACAAUCUAGACAUACAACAGCACCUAUAGUCAAUGUUUUUCAUGAUACAGUUGAAAAAAGUCAAGAAACACAACGUGAUAGUCCAAUAAAAACAUCAUGUGAUCCACGAGAUACUGAUAUAACAGAAACUUUCAUGGCUGAAGGAGAUGGUUUAUUAUGUGAUAUUCAUAAUUCGUCUAUAACAACGCGUGAAAAAUUAGUUGAUGGUAGAGAUGAAUAUUCUGAUAUAUCAACACAAAAAAGCUUAACAGAAAUCACCAAUAAACAUGAAAAAGUAACCGAACAAGCAGUUAAAAAAGUCAUGCAAAGCAUCAUGAGUGGAAAAUCUGUGAUUUAUACCAAGACAGAUUUAACCAUGCUAUGUAACAAACCACAUAUUCGUCUAGAAGCAGUAAAACGUUUAGUUACAGCUAAUCUGCUUCGAUAUGAAGAUUACUUUUGGGUCGAACCAACUCGUGCAAGAAAACAAACAAAAACAGAUUCUAAACGUAUACUUCGUCCAGGAUGGUUAAAAAAAUGCCCAGCUUCUAAUUCAAAUGUAUCAAAAUUUGAUUUUAUAGAAUCCCUACAAAAACACGUAAAUAGUCAUGUUUUACUAAUGUCCGUCCAAAAAGUCCGUGCGUGUGACUAUUUUUUGAAUAAUUUUUGAUAGGAACAAGAUACAGAC